AUGGGUAUUAUGUCAUAUAAUGGUGGUACUGUUCUUGCAAUGGCAGGAAAAGAUUCAGUUUGUAUUGGAUGUGAUUUGCGUUAUGGAGAACAAAUGACGACUGUUGGAACAGACUACAAAAAGAUUCAUAAAGUUGCCGAUAAAGUAUAUGUUGGAAUGGGUGGUUUUGCUUCUGAUGCCAAAACUUUAUUAGACAGAAUUGAAUUUACAAAGUCACUAUAUGAAUUAAGAGAAAAUCGUGUAAUGAAACCACAAGUUAUUGCUAACAUAAUUUCAAAUUUAAUGUAUCAAAAACGUUUUGGAAGUUAUUUCACAGAACCACUUGUUGCUGGAUUAGAUCAAACAACAGGAAAACCAUUUAUUGUUUCUAUGGAUGUUAUUGGUUGUAUGGCUGAACCAAAAGAUUUUGUUUGCGUUGGAACCGGAGCAGAAUAUCUUCUUGGUGUUUGUGAAGGUUUCUGGAAAGAAAAUAUGACAUCAGAUGAGUUAUUUGAAGCUACAGCUCAAUGUUUACUUUCUGGUCUUGAGCGUGAUUCCGCCUCAGGUUGGGGAGCCGUUAUUUACACAAUUCAAAAAGAUAAGGUUAUUAUGAAGACAAUUAAGGCUCGUAUGGAUUAA